CUAUUUAGAAUUAAUAGUAUUUACCUAUAUUUUAAUUGUAUUACUAUGAACUGUGAGUAUGAAAUAUGAGUGAAAAUUGGAAGUAUAUUUUAUGAUUUAUGAUGUUAAAAUAUUAUGAUCAGCCUUAAGUUCAAUUGACAAGACAUUUAUUUUUCAUUGAAUUUCAUACUGUUAUUAAAUAAUGUUAAAAAACCAAUGUUUAAAAAAGUAGGAAGUUUUGUUUUUACGUCUUUUAAAUAUUAUUGUGUUGUUCAUUGUGUAACAGAACAUGUAGCUGAUAUAUUCUUAUGUUCAGGUGAUUCCAUGGAGCCAUCUUUUCACUCUGGUGAUUUGGUGAUCAUUCAACGUUUCUCAAAGAUGGUUAACAGUGUAGAUAAAGGAGACGUUAUUAUCGCAAAGUCGCCUGAAGAAUAUGAAAAAUUCAUUAUGAAGAGGGUGAAAGCUGUCGAUGGCCAAAUGGUUAGAAGAGGAAUAAAUUAUCAAUUGGUACCAAAAGGCUCAGUAUGGUUGGAAGGUGAUAAUCAUACAAAUUCAAGAGAUUCUUGGGAUUUUGGUCCUGUACCUAAAGGAUUAAUACAUGGACGAGUUAUUUGUCGAAUAUGGCCUUUAUCAUAUUUCUCAAUGAAAAUUUAGUGGUAUGGCUCAUGUAGUAAAUAUAAAAAAAAUAAAAUUGUGAUUAAUUUUUUUUU